AAAUAAGGCGAAACUGUCAUUCAACGACUGACUUUCUAUCCCCGUACGUGUUGCAGGGUGAGUUCAUUGAUAAAACGAGUGUCCUGCUACAUUAUUGACAUUGAAUUGAGCCCCAAUGUUGGUAUUUCCGAAAGGUUAUCAUCAAGCCAAUGUCCAACCUCCCAAGCUGACCCCCGAAGAAGAGGCCCAGCGUCAGGCCCUCCUACAGUCCGUCCGUGAGCAUGACAAAAAAGCUUUACAACCAACCGAAACCGAUGACAGAAGCGCCCCGUUGAGAGGAGGACGAAAUGAGGUUCGCAGUGUACCGAAAGCCAACCGAGGAGGUAGAAAAGGCCCCCCGGGAGCCCUUGGUGAUCUAUUCUCGGGUGGAAUUAUGCCAAAUCCAGGGGCUUUGCGAGGGGGGCGAGGUGGUGGUGGCGGGCGCGGAGCCCGCGGGAAAUGAGUCUUGAGGUUGGGAUCAAUCGGUUUUGGAUGGGAGCCGAUGUCUUGAUCUUGACAACCGGUGGGUUGCCAAUGGAUUUAUUAUUGCAAUGUGAAAUUCCCAGGGUGAUGGAUGAUAUAAUCAUAGCAAUCAUGAGUGUGUUAACGGAAAAUACUAAAAUAACGAGAGUGAGAACGA